AUGCUCCCCGGCAGCCUUUGGCAUCCUCCGCCCGUGCGCUGCGGCGCCCCGUCCGCCCGCGGGGAGAAGCGGGGCUACUGCUGCCAGAGCCUCUCUGAGCGCGCUGUCGGCACAGACCCACCGGCAGGGAGGACAGGUCAAAGGCAGAGCAGAGGGAUGAGGACUCGCCUGGGCUGCCUGUCUCACAAAUCAGACUCAUAUAAUGAUUUCACAGCUAUUCUUCCGGACAAGCCCAACCGGGCUUUGAAGAGACUGUCAACAGAAGAAGCGACAAGAUGGGCAGACUCUUUUGAUGUCCUUUUGUCCCAUAAAUAUGGGCUGGCAGCGUUCCGGGCGUUCCUGAAGACGGAGUUCAGCGAGGAGAACCUGGAGUUCUGGCUGGCCUGCGAGGACUUCAAGAAGACGCGCUCGGCCGCCAAGCUGGCCUCCAAGGCCCAGCGCAUCUUCGAGGAGUUCAUCGACGUGCAGGCCCCUCGGGAGGUGAACAUAGACUUCCAGACACGGGAGCUGACCAGAAGAAAUGUGCAGGAGCCCUCCCUCUCUUGCUUUGACCAAGCUCAGGGGAAGGUGCACAGCCUGAUGGAGAAGGACUCGUACCCCAGGUUCCUGAGAUCCAAAAUUUACACAGACCUGCUGUCUCAGACCCAGAGGAGGCUCAGCUAGAGCAGCGAUGGGGCCCUCAGAAACCACGUGCUUCCCACAACAGCCAAAACCCAUGUCUAAAUGUGAAACUUCCUUGGUGUUAAAAGCAGUGGGAAUGGGAAAAGAGGGAGAGGGGGCAGAGGAAGCUUCCAGAGAGUGAUCCAGGUGUGGUGUUAAGACUCUUUGACUUUCUGUGCUGGUUUUUUUUUUUGGUUAGCAGUAGCACCUUGCAGUUGUUGCCUCUCUAUAGCACAAACCCACAACCCUCUCGAGCCACGGGAUCGUCUGUGGGCAGGGCAGGUUUCCUUCAAAACUGCUGGGUUGGUUUGUGUGUAAAUAACGCCUUUCCAUCCUCCCACACAUCCCCCUGUCUCUCACCUCUCCCUUGUGAUCGGAAGGGCCCCAAGGGCAGUUCUGACACUUGUGAAGCCACGUCCAGCCCACGUCUCACACGUUGGGUCCUGGGGUCUGCACCCAGAGACUGAGGGGAGGGAGAGAGGAGACAAAGGCACAGGAUUCAUUCCCUUUCCUGGAGUGGAAACCAUCAGCAAACUCACCU